AUGCAGAACUUUAUGACCACACUACGUGCAAGCAAACAGCCUGAAGGGUCAUUGGUUAAUAAAAAUACACCGCAGCACCAAAGCCAGGAGGUUCAGCAAGAGUACACCGUUCCUCAACAGCAACAGAUAUUUGCUACAGCAUGUACACCAGGACCCCAGGGGUACAUACUUCCUCAACAGCAAGAGAUGUCUGGUACAUCUGGCAAUACACCAGGGUUACAGCAUAUCCUUAGUGCAUCUUGCACACAAUCGACACCCGAGGAGCCAGAAAACAAGAAGAUAGGCCAAGACCUGUGGAAACAGCUGAAACGCGUGUCGAUUCCGACUUUCACUGGUGACGUAAGAACCUAUGAAAAUUGGAAGGCUGCUUUCCUAGCUUGUAUUGACAAAGCUCCAGCUACGCCGGAAUACAAGCUUCUACAGUUGAGAGGCUGCCUUUCUGGAGAGGCAUUGAAAACGAUAGAAAAUUUGGGACAUUCCCCGAGUGCGUAUAUUGCGGCCAAAGAGAGGCUGGAGAGAAAGUAUGGAGGUAGGAGAAGGCAAGUCACACUGCAGUUCGAAGAACUUACAAGCUUUCCUCAGAUUCGACCGGGUAAUGCAAAGGACUUGGAUAAAUUUGCUGAUAUGUUAGACAUCGUGGUGAUAAACCUGAAGGACGUGGGAUUUCAGUCCGAGCUCGACAGCCAGCUCCUGUAUUCAGUGCUGUUCAAGAAGAUGACUGUGACAAUGGUCGCUGAUUACCACCGAUGGGUUAAGGAGCGAAAUGAAAAGGAGUCGAUAGAAGUGCUGCGCCGCUUUGUCAUUUCGGAGUCAGAAUAUCGGACAAUUGCAACAGAAGCGGUUAAAGGGUUAAUCCAGUCAAGAGAUGGUCAGACUUCAUCAACCAAGUCAGAUUACAAGGGAUCUUCAAGGACUCAUUUCACAUCACCGUCAGUCAUCCAGUCCCACAACCCGUGUCCUGUCUGCAGUAAGGACCAUGGCAUCUGGAAGUGCGAUGACUUCAAGGCCAAAGACGUGGCUGCCAGAUGGAAAAUUGCCAAACAACAGUCUCUAUGCUACAGAUGUCUGUCGAACCAGCAAUUGGCUCCCAAUGUGAUCGAGGACGACCUUGUAACAUCAAUGGAUGCAAGCAAAACCAUCAUCGGCUGUUGCACCAAGAAAAAGAGACUUCUCAACCUGCACAACCACAGAAAAUAG